GCGCAAGACCUCUGGCGGAAACUCGAGACGCUCACCGGGACGCUGUCGGGGGAACUCGCGGAACAGCUGCGGCUCAUCUUGGAGCCGACGCUCGCGUCGCGUCUUCAGGGGGAUUUCCGCACGGGGAAGCGUCUGAACAUGCGGAAGAUCAUUCCGUACAUCGCGUCGGAUUUCCGUAAAGAUAAGAUCUGGCUCCGGCGCUCGAAGCCGUCGCAGCGGAAGUACCAGGUCGUCCUCGCGAUCGACGACUCGAGGUCCAUGGCGGAGAAC